AUGGCUGCCCCCGCAGAUGUCACCAUUCAAAACCUGAGUGGCGUUUUUUCAAUGGACAAAGCCAACUCCACGGAUCCAGACGCAAUUCUGCAGCUGCAAGGAAUCAGCUGGAUCGUCCGCAAAGCCAUCCAAUAUGCGACCGUCACCCUCCACGUCACCCAGUACACUGAGACCGAUCCCGAAACGUCGAAGCCCGUUGUCAAGAUUGACAUUUCCCAGGUCACGACGGGUGGUCUGAGCGGCACGACUGAGAAGCGUGUCAUGAACUGGACGGAGAGGGAGCACAAGGACCACAUCUUCGGCACCGUUGUUGGAAAGAGCCGCUUUUUCCGCGGAUCCAAGGGCGCUGACGGCAAAGUGCGGCCGAACGUCGACGUGCAGACGAAUGUCCAAGAUGAGAAGGUCCGCAGGUUCCUGAGAGGCGAGAUCCUCGCCGAUGGAACCGAAGUGGAGGGUUUUCUGGUUGAGGAGCCUACCGGUGAUGACCUGGGCGAGGGCGAGGGGCUCUGGCUGCAGAGCUUUGUGCGCAACGUGGACAGCGGCUGGACCGCUGAGCAGAUCUGGGGCUUCGAAAUUGUCAAUGGCGAACGCCGCUACACUCGCCGUAUCGCCGUUGCAGACAAAAACGGAAACUACCAACUGGGCCGGAUGGUCUACUCCUUCCAGGGACGCAAGGAGCAGUGA